ACUACUACGAGUAUCCGAAGAUGAAGAAGAAGGGAUCGAAAAGGGGCUAAUCCAGCUAGCUGGAAUGGCUUCUUAUAUGACUUACAUGGGUCCCUGUCCUCCCCUCUACACUCUUCCGCGCUCAUCUGCAGAUGUUGUCAUCCCGCGUAACGCGACUAACUACGCCCCGUCUAAACCACCACCUUAUCAACUUACCCGAGCGGUUAGAGAUGGUGCUUGUCGAAAUUGCUCGAGAUUUGGUGGACGCAAGUUCCUUAGAUCCUUUUUGUCAGGGAGCUGCUCCUCAAGCACGAAACGCAUUCGACAACGUUUUGCCAGCGGCGACCGAUGAUGAAGCCUCAAAAGCCUACGAAUACUCAUCGCCUGUUUAGCAGGGGCCUCUGCCGAAAAUGUUGAUUCGGUCUCUUAUGUCGCAAUCACAGCAGGUCACAUGGUCGAAGACCACUGCGCACCGGUCCAGGCUCUUGCCUAGGUGAUGUUUGAAAAGCUUCUGGUUAUAUCCGUACGGGCAUGGAGUUUGUAAAAGAGUGUAUCGCCUUAGAGGAAAAGUUACAUGAAAAAGAACCCCUGGAUGAGGAUGGCCCAAACCCAUACAUCACUGUUGGGUACGCCCCGAUGAGAGUGAAUAGCGAGCGCAUCACGAGUCGGUCCGUGGCUAUCUUGCGGCAGUCGAUGCCCGCGGGCUUGUCUGCUUUGUGUUAUCUCAAUGUCCGGGGCUGGUCUCGCUGUUGUUGCGAUUUCGUUUGACCUCGCAGCCCAUGCCAAGGCUACAGCAUCACCAGAGUUUAUGGAUUUGGUUGAGCUUACCAAGGAUUCGCCUGGACGAAGCAUAUACACCGUCUUGCAUACCCCCAUCAAGGACUUGCUUGUUAUUUUCCCGACCGAAAAACGAGCAUUCCUCAUGGGUAUAUUUAAUAUUGAUGUUUACUUCGGCCUUAGCGCCUUGGUUUCGGACAUUUUGAUUACUCAUGGCUUGCCUGGUGAGCGCCUCCCGCCUGAGUUGAUUGCACAUAUUAAAGGAGAUGCGAACCCAGCUGCGGACUCAGCUGUUGAUGGCAGGUUUCAGUUUUACUGUUUGCCAGCAGCUCAACAUGACGCAUCGACGCUCCAUGAGGCACCUUUACAAUCCUAUGCCUGGGGGGAGAUGCCAGUGAGUGCAUUGCAUCUCUACCAGGCCAAGCAUGCCUCCGCUGCUUCCAUCUUAAUUGCUGGACCAAAGGCUGUCAAUCGCAGUUGGGGAGGACGUUGGUCGAAUAGCACCAUCCGAUGCGACAUGUUUUUGAAGAAGGAGUUUACCAGUGCUGAAGCCGAGGAAAUAUGGACAGAGAUUCAAGGUCAGGCUAAAGAAUUAACUGCCUAAGGCACAUUUCAAACAAAGCCCCCGACGGCCCCGCCAACCCAUCGCUGCGAGACGACAACGUCACGGCCGUCAUGAACCAUCUUGAGGAGAAGCCUUCACUCAGAUGAAGGGUCGCCUCGCAUUGCGAGCUUGACAUUCCUAACAGUCGCGUGUCGGGUCGAGGUUCGUUGUAUUGGCUCCGCUAGUGGUUUUGUUGCAACAACAUUCGAGAGUCAUUCCAGAGACACCAUAAAUACACGCAGCUUUUCGAAUACAGAGAUUAAGGUCUAAUUGUG